GUGUGAGAGACUCAACACUCAACAAGGACUAAAACUAAAGUAGCGAUGGAAGAACAACUCAGCUCAUUAGCUGUUACUCAUCUUCUUCAACACACUCUAAGAAGCCUCUGCAUUCAUGAAAACUCUCAAUGGGUUUAUGCUGUCUUUUGGAGGAUCUUGCCUAGAAACUAUCCACCACCCAAGUGGGAUGGCCAAGGAGGAGUAUAUGAUAGGUCAAGAGGAAACAGAAGAAACUGGAUAUUGGUUUGGGAAGAUGGUUUCUGCAAUUUUGCAGCCUCAACAACUGAGAUCAACACUGGAGAAUGUCCAAGCUCUUCAGUCUAUGGGAAUUGUGAAUAUCAACACUAUCAAGGACUUCAACCAGAACUCUUCUUCAAGAUGUCCCAUGAAAUCUACAACUAUGGUGAAGGUUUAAUUGGAAAAGUAGCUGCUGAUCACAGCCACAAGUGGAUCUAUAAAGAGCCAAAUGACCAAGAAAUCAACUUCUUGUCGGCAUGGCACAACUCAGCUGACUCACAUCCUAGGACUUGGGAAGCUCAAUUUCAGUCUGGUAUUAAGACUAUAGCUUUGAUUGCUGUUAGAGAAGGUGUCAUCCAAUUAGGAGCCGUCCACAAGGUUGUCGAGGAUCUGAGCUAUGUCGUAUUACUGAGAAAGAAGUUCGGUUACAUCGAAAGCAUUCCCGGAGUUCUUCUGCCUCAUCCAUCAUCAGCAGCAUAUCCUUUCAAGAUUGAUGGUUAUGGAGCAACAGAAGGAUGGCACUUCCAGGGAAACCUUGCACCACACGCCGAAUACUACGACCAUCUUCAUCAGCCCAUGAAAAUAACUCCAUCAAUGAGCAGUCUUGAAGCCCUUCUCUCCAAACUACCAUCUGUGGUGGUACCGGCUUCAUCCCCUCCAAUGCCAGCUUAUAACGGUGAAGCCCCACCCCAGUAUUUAAUGAUGAAUAAACCAAUGGAGUUGAUGGGGACGGAGAAAGUUGCCAAGGAAGAAUUUGAGGAGGAUAAGCAAGAGAAGGAUGCUGGUGAGAGUAGUAGCUCAAUGUCGUCGUAUCAUCAUCAUUUUGGCUAUCAUCAGGACCUGAAUGUUACUGAGGCUAUGCAUAACCAUGGAUACCAAUGAGAGGUUAAUAUCGUUUAAGAUCAUUUUCAUGUUAGAAGAGUAUAUCAGCCUCCGCAAUUUCAACUGUUUUAGAGCUUGUUCUGAUAUGUCUGAGCGAAUGUAAUUCCUAUUGACCUCUUCUUUUCAGUUGUAGAAUGAGGACGGAUUCUUGUGUGGAAUGUAUAAAUUUCUAGUAGAGUAGUAUAUGCUUUGUAUCUCUUUGGAGUGCCGGGCACAUCCAUGAUAACUGGAGUUCAUAAUCUUUAACU